CCUGUCCCCUUCUUGGUUAAACCUUCUGUUCGGCACACGAAUGCGGGGUCGGAAGUGCUCGGCUAACUUCGUGGCGGGCAGUGCGGCCUCCGAGAGGCUUCCCCCCCUUCGGGAAGCCGAGAGAGAGAGAGUAGAUGUGCGACUCUGAAAGUGGCAGUCACCUCUUGCGUUCGCGUGUGCGGUGAUCCAUCAUGAGUGAAAUUCCUUGCAAAAAACGGGAGGACUAUUUGGAAUGGCCUGAGUAUUUCAUGGCAGUGGCCUUCUUAUCGGCACAGAGAAGCAAAGAUCCAAACUCCCAGGUUGGAGCCUGCAUUGUGAAUGCAGAGAACAAGAUUGUCGGGAUUGGAUACAAUGGAAUGCCAAAUGGGUGCAGCGAUGACCUCUUGCCUUGGAGUAGGACAGCGGAGAGAAAGCUGGAUACUAAAUACCCUUAUGUGUGCCAUGCCGAGCUGAAUGCCAUCAUGAACAAAAACUCGUCUGACGUGAAAGGCUGUACUAUGUAUGUGGCCUUGUUCCCAUGUAACGAAUGUGCUAAGCUCAUCAUCCAGGCAGGUAUCAAAGAAGUUAUUUUCAUGUCUGAUAAGUACCAUGAUAGUGAGGAGACAACAGCUGCGAGGCUCCUGUUUGAUAUGGCUGGGGUCACGUUUAGGAAAUUCACGCCGAAGUGCAGCAAGAUUGUCAUUGACUUUGAUUCAAUUAACAGCAGGCCGAGUCAGAAGCUUCAGUGAGUUACAUCUCAUUAAACCUCCAGAAGACUGGGAUUAUCCUCUUCUAAGGAGCUGCUAAUGCCUUUCAUCUUGAAGUUACACAUAACUUUUUAAUAGCCAGUGCAGCAAAAGUAGACAUCUAAAGAAUAUAAAGCCUCAAAUCUUCCUGACUCUCCCUCCUAUCACAUGGAAUCUGCAUCUGUUUAAGCUAUUGAUUUAGGGUUUAAAAGGGCUGGAGUGGGGUCGCAAAGGGCUGGAGUGGGGUGCCUUUCCCUUCUGUGUCCCCGUUUGCUGGGAUGCUGGUGGCUCUGCAGAAAGGGCGUCAGCUCUACGUCACCCAGGCAUCUCACAGCUGCUCCACACUGCCACAUGUGCUGGAAGGCUGGAAGGACAAAUGAGUAAUUGUUGUGUUCCUAGCGGGAUGAGCAGACACACUGAUUUGAACAUCUGGCCCAAAUGAAGCAUAACAUGUAGUGUCCUUGGGGGGGAGUGGGGAAAGGGACCCACAUGACAGUAGUAUUUAAGUAUUUGCUUUAGAGAAUUGAGGGAAACCCCUCCCCACCCACUCUCCCAACAAACCUAGAGAAGAUGGCACAUCUGUUCUGACCGUCAGUGGGUGUAAAUGAGCUCUGGAUACUUUCUCAGCUUCUGCUGUCCUGCUACCCACAGGGUGGUGGCCUAUUGUCCCUUUGGGGGUGGGGACCCCUGUUGGUUUUUCAUCUUACUUUUGGUUUGUGGGUCCCACGGAGCUCUCCCAUUCAUUUAUCUGAAUAAUGAGUUGUUCCCCAGAGGAGACGGCCCCCAAGACCACGCCCUGCUGUGCGCUGGGGACGGUGGAUGGGCAGAUGGGCCAGGCACCACUUCUGCCACUCGGAAACGUGUUGUCAUUCCUCCACGUGCCAGCACGGCUUAUCUCCGCAGCCACUCCACAAUGGGGGAGUAAAUUAGUUCCUAUCCUAUAAGGGAAAUGUGAGGACGUUCGGCCCGCCUCGAGGCGGUUUAUUCCAGAUGUAUUGGUGAUGGGAGCUCAUCUGUGCUCCUGGCCACGUGCCUUCCUUCACUGACACAGAUCUCACCUUCCUGAUCGCCGCGACUCGGGGAAUGUGUGGCUGUGCACCUUGUCUUUUAUGUCGUUUAAUUUUUAUUAAACAUGCUCCGUACGUACCUCUGUUGAGAAAAUGGUUUCUUUAUCCUAAAGAUAAUUACUGUUUUAAAAUGCUCUUAUAUUUUUAUGAGUUUUUAUUUUGUCUCUGAGGUUUUGUACUCCAUAUUCUGGGGCAUUUUGUAAUUUGGCUGCUUCCCAAUAUUAUUAAAAUCUUAUUAAAAUCUAA